UUUGAUGUGCGCUCACCCCAUUUCCGCUUGUAGGACACUUCCAACACGACACUCCUCUUCCUCAGCCAGCCAGCACCAUUAUGGAUGUAUUUUGAAACACAGCAAGCCAGGACUUCCAGAGGGUCAUAAACAUCUUAGAACUUCAUGUGGUUCUGAUCCAAACGUCUUUGGUGGACCAAGCCAGCACAUGGCGCGUCAAUGUGGACAAAAGCGGAAAGGUUGUGGACAUGAGGAGGCAACAAGUGUGAAGUUCGGGAGGUUCUGGUAAAAGCGGACUCGGACCAAUCAGCUCCGCACGUGCGCUUGUAUGAAAGUGUAAACAGUUAGCGCUUUAUUAAUAUAUUUACUUGGACUAUUUAGUGGACAGCGUCAAUCCGUUUCCACUCUCUUUUUGUAAUUCUGAUCCCCGAAGUGGCUCCGAAGUGGUGUUGCGGCUCCUCGUCCCCGGCGGAUCCGGAGAUCGGAGCCUCUGCACCGGGCGGAGGCGGAGCUUCAGCGGCCUCUCAGGCUGCCCCAAAGGGCGGCCGCGUCAGGAGGAUGGUGCGGCUGGCGGCCGAGCUGCUGCUCCUCCUGGGACUUCUCCUUCUGACUUUGCACAUCACGGUGCUCAGGAGCAGCCCGCUGCCGCCCGCCAACGUCAGCCUGAGUCUGGAUGAUCACAGCGAGCAGAACAUCAUCCAUGCAAAAAGCAGCUCAUCGGGCCAACUGGCUUCGGAAGGCUCCUGGCGGUCUGGUCCAGAGCGUCGGUUUGCCCACCGGUCGGCUGCCCUCCCGUGGGUGCAAGGCACUGCCAGUAACGUCCACAAAGAUGGGCCCGGAGCUUUUCUACUGGACCUGCACAAUUUCCCCGAUCUCUCCAAAGCUGAUAUCAAUGGGCAGAAUCCCAACAUACAGGUAACAAUUGAGGUUGUGGAUGGGUUAGAAGCACACGAGCCAGAAAAAGGCCACCGCAAGGAGAGUAAACCCAACUGGGCUUCUACCAACUGGAGAAACUGGUGGCCACGUACUUCGUCCACAUCGUCCUCCACCACUCAUCAAGCGCAGGACCACGAUCGGUCCUACGGAGAUAACGGUGACGACAGCAACUUCCUCAGGCCGCCAGUGGAUUGGGACCGGAGGGGAGGCACAGGCGAGCGAGGGAAACCCCAAAUGGAAUACGACUACAUCGACGGAGAGGGGGACUGGAGUAACUGGUCACUGUGCAGCGUCACCUGUGGAAACGGCAACCAGAAGAGAACCAGGUCUUGUGGUUAUGCUUGUACUGCCACCGAAUCCAGAACCUGCGAUAUGCCAAGCUGCCCAGGUAUCGAAGAUGCCUUCAAGACAGCAGCUACAGAAGUGAGCCUGCUUGCUGGAACAGAUGAUUUCAAUGCCACUGAGCUCUUUGGUGUUGACACAGACAGCUGUGAGCGAUGGAUGAAUUGCAAGAGCGACUUCUUGAAGAAAUACAUGAGCAAGGUGGUCAGUGAUCUCCCGAGCUGCCCUUGCUCGUACCCAACCGAGGUGGCGUACAGCACAGCCAACGUGCACGACGCCGCUUCGCGCAGGAGCUUCCGCUGGAAAGAUGCCAGCGGGCCAAAAGAGAAGCUGGAGAUCUACAAGCCAACAGCACGAUACUGCAUCCGCUCCAUGCUGACGUUGGAGUCCACCACACUGGCCGCGCAGCACUGUUGCUACGACGAUAGCAUGAAGCUCAUCACACGCGGCAAAGGGGCCGGAACGCCUAAUCUCAUCAGCACAGAGUUCUCAGCAGACCUCCACUACAAAGUUGACAUCUUGCCAUGGAUCAUAUGUAAGGGGGACUGGAGUCGCUACAAUCAGGCCAGGCCGCCUAACAAUGGACAGAAGUGCCGCGACAACCCUCAGGAAGACGACUACUACAAGCAGUUUGAAGAAGCGAGGGAGUUCUAGCCUUUCAAAAUGUUCAUGGAUCCAUUUUGGAUUCAAUAGUCCCAAGACUUACUGAUCCCCGCUGAAGCAGGAGAACCUAAAAUCCAUGAGAACCAUGGACAGUGACCACCAAGAACUUCUCUACCAGGCACUGAAUAAUGUGCCAAUUUUUUUAAAGAUACCUCUGAGAAAAAUGAUGCUUUCAUUGAUAAAGGGAGUUUCUAUUCUUAAAGGGAAAUGAUUAUAAGACCGUGUCCAGGUUUGUGUGGUAAAUUUCUGUGGUAAUUAGAGAUCCAGGAUUGUAUUGACUUAACGAGGGGAGGUUUUGUCCCCAUUUUGUCGUUUUGCAGUAUCCAGGGUUCUCGUGUAAACGUAUGAGUAUCUUAAGCAUGCAUUUCACAUUUAGCAUGCGUACAAUGUCUAUAAUUUGUAAACAGACCUCCAAUGUAAAAAGUCUGCAUUGUCUUUCUGUAAAGUAUUUAUUUGAGUUGUAGCUGUGUCUGAAUUGGGGGCGUUCAAUGCCAUCAAUGUUUAGUAUGAUUAUAGAGUGUGUGAAUGCAAUGCUAUAAUGGACAUAUUUUUGAGAUUAUAAGUCUAUGAAUAAAAAGUUUUUUUGAAAAUUAUAAUACUUUCUGUUGUGUCAAUGGCUAUGCAGCACCUGGUCUGCAAAAUCGGUAAAUAAAACCGAUUUUUUUCUUCAUCUAUUUUUGUUUUUUUGCAGUUAAAAGGCCGUAUCAUCUCAUCCUUGCCAAUAGGAUCAAACCAUUGUACAAUGCUUUCAUCUGUUUAAUCUAGUGCAACACUGUGGUCUUUCCUUUUGAUGGGAUUUCUUUCAAGGCUGAUGAUUGAAAGAGCCUCUUGAAUUUUAUUUGUCUUUGGAAAGUAUCCUCCUACAUUCCUAUGUAAUUUUUCAGCAUACACACACACACACACACACAGUUCUGCUCGGACAUAGUAAGGACCUCUGACCAGCUGCAGCCAUUGUCACACAGAGGAAGCCAUUCAUAGCGCCCUCAUUCCUCCAGUUAACUGUGCACCACAGCUGGCCGACAGCAGGGCUCGUGUUGCCACUGCAACCCUGCAUGCUCGUUCCUCCGCAACUCUUCAGUAUGCAACCGAAAUGCAGGCACCGAUAUUCAUCGGCAACUGCAACAAAGCUGUAAAUCUCUCCAGCUUCUAACUUCCGUAUCAUCCGACUGUAUGCAAAGCAUUCCUUUUAAGUCUCCUGUCCUCCACAUCCUUAGUUACGACAUUGUUUGAAGCUAAGAUUACAGUACGCAGCUUGGAUCGUUAUCAUAGCAGACCACCUGCUGCACAGGCCAUUAAGCUCUAACCUGUUCAUCUUUAUAUAGAAAAGACGCUCACUGGACACAACAUUAAAAAUACCUGAAAAAUGCUAUUUUUGUGGGCACCGUAAUGUUAGUUUUGACCGAUAUUGUGAGAGCUAUUACUGUACUGACAGCCA